GUCAGCGGUGGGCUGCUGUAAUACAGACCUAAAUCUUAACUGCACAUUACAUUUAAAUAUAAGUUGAAGGUGAUUAUGGAUAAACGCUGCUAUGGAUGUGCUUCAAAGUUCACUCUCUUCAGAAAAGAGAUGGGCUGCAAAAACUGUGGACGCUCCUUUUGUUCGGGAUGUCUCACCUUCAGUGCAUUGGUGCCACGCUAUGGUAACACUCAACAGAAGGUCUGCAAGCAGUGUAAUGAAAGUCUCACAGGUGGCAAAAAACAGAAUGAUGCUGCAAGAUGGUCUCCACCUCAAAACUACAAAAAACGUGUUGCUGCUCUUGAAGCCAAACAGCUACAAAAGCAGCCUCUACAAAAUGCAUGUAAAACAACUAACACACCAGCUCCUAUAUCAACCAAAGGUUUGAGUAAGAAGGACCUGGCUAUAGCACAAAGACUGCAAAAGCUUAAAGAGGAAACUAAACCAAAAUCCAUACCAUCUGAGAAAGACAUAGAGACUCGUCUUGCUGCUUUGAAAGCCUCUGUAAAGCCGGUACCUUCAGCGCAGGAGAUGGAGGAUCGUUUGGCUGCUUUGAAAGGAAUGGCACCUCCUUCCCAAGCUCCUCCUCCGGUUCACCAGGCGCCUGAUAGAAGGACCCAAACAGAACAGACCAAUGACUUGAUCACACAGAUGACGGACGAAGUUGCCAUUGACAGACAACAAGAUUCUGAUGGUGACAAUUUGGGGGAUCAACAAACACCUCUAAAUAAUCUCAACAAGCAAGGGACAGUGGAUGAGAACCUAGAUGAUUACCAGCUGUCCCUCAAGCAGAUGGAGGAGGAGAAGAGUCGAUUGCUAGCUAAAGCCAUGGAGGAACUAAAACAAGAUGAGCACAAUCAAGAGCAGCUUCUUCAGAUGGCCAAGAGAAUGGCUGUGCUGCAGGGACGAGAUCCUGACAAAGUUACUAUGGCAGAUUUUCAGCAGCCUGACAGUGAUGAUGAGACCGAGGAGGAAGCAAUUGCCAGGAUUUUGAAAAGGUUGUCGGAAGAAGCCGUUUUAGAUGAAGCCAGUGGUUAUAACAUCCCUCCGGAGCACAGUGGUCCAGAAAAUAGAGACAACUCUAAACCCAAACUUAAUAAGAAGCAGAUCUCAUUUAAGCCAUCUAAACCCAACACUCCAGCUGCUUAUAGUGAUAACGAUGAUGAAGAUAAUGAAGAGCUGCCCUGGUGCUGCAUCUGUAAUCAGGAUGCCACCAUUCGCUGCCACACGUGUGACCGGGACCUGUACUGCAACCGUUGUUUUAGGGAAGGACAUGAUGAGUAUGAUCGGAAAGAACAUCGGACAUCCAGUUACACUGCACCCAAGAAAGCCAAGAAGACGACAUGACCCUAAAGUUAAAUUCUGUGGAUAAUUGUAGUACUGUGUCUGUAAAGCAAACUCAUUUCACAGUCGGUGCAGUUUCUCAUUGACAAAGAAAGGAAAUGUGGGUUUCUCAUUCACUCAAAUAUCUAAACAUGGUGACUGAAAUUCUUCUAGGAAUUUUAUACAGCACCAGCAACUGGGAUGAAUGAAUAUAAUUGUUAACAUGUUGUGUAGUUGAGUGAUGUGUUAACACUAAAUUGGGUGAAUAAAUAACUCUUUAAUAAACAUAGUAAAACA